UUAACUAACAACAGGUGUUCUGAGACCUUAUAGAUCACGGUUCAGCUUGUUAAUGUGCCUAUUUCUGGAUACGACGAAUCCAUUUGCCGUGCCACAAGCAGUAACCAUACUUGCUCAUACUUGACGCCAACCUUCAGACUCCAAGUAUUUAAUCAUAUUUACGGUAACCUCGGUAACCCGGUAGACAACGCUACAAGACAUAUCUGCUAAAACUGUCACUAGAGCACUCGGUUUCUCCUGGGUCAGGCGCUUUGCAGUUCCACUUCAAAUCUGACACGAUGACACCAACUGACUUUGUUCUCGUUUUGUGCGUACUGUCGGUAUUUUCGGGUACAAACGUUUGUAACGCCGUACGGCCAGGACCAGUUAAGGAUGACAUUGUUGUUUUUUUCGAACAACCAAAUGCGUAUCCUAUCAAGUAUAACGGUAAAACUGGGGAUGAAAGUAAUUUGAAUCUAGCAAGGGGCAGGCGUAUUGCAACUAUGACCCCAGAACAUGCACAAUACCGUAGUUUCGCACCUCUAGCUAAUGAGGACGGGACGUUUGAUAAAAACAUUGCUGUUGCAAUUGGUGAUAUUUAUAUACAAGCCUUAAUAGAAAGUAAAAUUGAAAAAGAUCUCAAAGAAUUGAGAGAUGCUCCUUCGGGAAGUUCAAGUUAACGAUACUCUAACAAUUUUUUGUUUAAUGUUUUAUGCACUCACAUAGUAAUAGUCCACAAUUAUUAUAUUUUUGUCAACACUCAUAUUGUUUCUGUAUUAUCUGAAUUGUUAUAUUUAAUAAAACAAAGCUUAAAAA